AUGGAGUCGAGAGAUAUUCCUCAUUAUAACUCGCCCACGAAAAACUACAACACACCGGUGAGCCAUACGUCAAACUUAAGUGCAAAAGCUUCAGUCAACCCAAACAAUCAGUUACUUCAUUUCGAUCCUUUUAAACCGGCGGAAUAUGUUUUGAACAAUUUAGGCCCUGUACCGGGAGAAGAAAAGAUUUAUGCAAAAAUUUUUAAAAAAAAUAUUCAAAAUGUUCAGAAUAUUAGUUCAGACAAACGCAACAUAAAUACUUCUCGGCCAACUAGUGUCGUUCAACAACAAUCGAUGGAAAUUGAAGAAACAAAUCUAUCGGUAAUGGAAAUUGAUCAUACACCAGUAACAGAACCGCAAACUGAUGGUGUGCAUUCAUCAUCAUUAAGCAAUUCUAAGUCAGUUGAAGACGAUUUAGUUAUAGUAAUAUCAGAUGAUGAAAAUGACAAACCAAUCGAUGGUAAAGACGAUGAUAAACCAAUAGAUGGUAAAGACGAUGAUAAAUCGAUAGAUGGUAAGGACAAUGAUAAACCAAAAGAUGGUAAAGACGAUGAUAAACCAAAAGAUGGUAAAGACGAUGAUAAACCAAAAGAUGGUAAAGAUGAUGAUAGACCAAAGGAUGGUAAAGACGAUGAUUACAUUGUAGAUAGAGAUAAACUGUUACGUCUUUAUUCACACAAGCUUCAUAUACGAAAACCACGCAUUCCUUAUUCCAGAAUUAGCUUUGAUGAUUCGGGUAUUUUGUCAGAUUCAGAUGAAUAUGAUUAA